AUGACAUCCAAGAUCAGAAAUAAGCAAGCGCUGGCCGAGGAGGGAGGACGCAUCGACCCGAGCGUGGGAGAGCCGGGAGCGUGGCAGCCCGAUGAACUUCACACCCGGGAGGAAACGCGGGGGAGCCAGGCGACCGUCUAUAGGUUUUAUCAGCACCAGAAGUGCCGGCAGGGCUGGGUGACGGAUCUCAUCAACGCGCUGCGCCAGAACAACGCGGGGCACCUGGCCGACGACCUGCAGCACGUGUAUGACUCCUGGCAAGCCCGUCCCCCGGCUCCUGCUACUGCCUCCUUCCCUCCUGCAGCCAGCAAUGCCUGUCCCGCCGUCUCCUCCAUCGGUGCCCCGACGACGUCCCCGGGGCCGCCCUGCUCCGCGCGCUCCACUGGCUGCGCCGACGCGCCGAGCCCGCCUGUCGGUGGCAGUCCGCCUCUCCUGCUCGGUGCUGCCACCGCCGUGAGCACAGACCUGGACGCCAGGGCCCCGGUGCAGGAAUCGCUCCCCAAAAACCUCCUGGAGCAAGAGAGUGCCCGGUCACCUCCACCUGGGAGCGCGGUCCGUGACGGAUGGGGCCAGGACUGGCUGAGCCGCCAGCAGCACCCGGUGUGUGUGGACAACGGGUGUUUCGGGAACGCCAACCACCUGCACCGCGGCGCGCCGGGCUUGGGUCUGGGCAGGUCUCUUCUGCUGAGGGAUGCGGGCUCUGCUCGCAGCCCCAAGCAGCCCAGGAAUGAGCCCGAAGAAGACUUCUACGUCUCCACUGAGUCGCCGCUGAGGCUGGAGGAGACCGCUCGCAGCGGGGGGCCGCAGCCCCCAGACUCGCAGCCAAAACAAAAGGCUGUGCCUGGCUCCGAGCACAGCGAGCCCCCGGGCAGCUUCGUGGAUGUGCGCAGCCCCCUCCUCAUACAGCAGCAGUUUGAUGUGGAGCAGAAGCGGGUCGGGAUGCUGCGAGAGCACGGAGGAGAUGGAGACACCUGGAUGGAAACAACUACCCCGGUCGCUACCCCGGCACCCAGAGACGCUUCCCUAUCCUGCGACACCUCCGUGAAGCCUCCUGUACAAGAGAAAGAACUGCCUGCAGGGGAGGUGGCCAGCAGCACCCCCUCCAUGCCGACGAAGGAAAAAGUGCUGCCGGCCUCGGUGGACCCUCCCCAGCCUGUUGCAAGAAGCUUUGAAGGCACGUCUGGGAGGACGGCCUCCCGGCUGAGCUCUGCCACGAGCAUCUGGGUGCCUUGCAGCAACGUGGAGAGGGAUGUGGAGCUGAGCAAGCCAGGCGUCCUCUGUCCGUGGCUGAGGAGAGCCCAGAGGCAGCCGGCAGAUGCCCGAGCUCUCGGGGGCCCGGCGGCCCCUUUUCAGGGGCGUCCGAUAGCCUCACCUUCAGCAGGGACCCACUCAUGGUGGGGCUCGGGAGAAGCGCUCUCCAGAGUCUCCUUGGGAUGCCCGGCUCCAGCGGCUCGUGAAGACCCCGGGGGAAAGGAGGCAGCUGGAGCAAGCAGAGACUCGCGUCUGCCUCCGAGCUGGGACAGCACCCCCCUGGGCACCCACGAGGUCCGUGUGGACCAUUACCCCAGCACCCAGCUCGGGGCAGGCAGCGACCUCCGAGACAGAGCCGGUCCCUUUGGAAACUCUCCCGUUUUUGACUCUAGCGGGGGCCAAGGCACUGCGACCACCUCGUCUCAGGCCAAAGUCCCCCCAGGGGACAGCAACGGACCGUCCCUGCCAUACAUCGUUCCAGCUGUGGGCAUCGCUCUGAUUUCAGCUGUGGCCUUCCUGGUGUACGCUCGAUUGCAGAAAUAGCGCUGGAGCGGAUGGGAUGCCAUGACCAUCACUCAGCCUGGGCCAUUCCUCUUCGUAGCAGGAAUUUGGCCAACGCGUUGGAAGCCUGAAGAGCAGCGGGGGGGACGGUAGGGGGGGUGUUAAAUCUUUCUGGAAGGUUUUGCCGGAAGAGGCCUUGGUUGCGUGAUGCUGUUGGGUUUGGGUCUGUUUUCCCCCAUUUCCCAACCAUCUUCUUGUCUGUAGCCUUCUCCUUUUACACCCGUAGAGAGGGUCUCAUUCAGGGAGUGAGUCAAAAGAGAAAGUCCUCAAGGCUAUUUAUCCACAUCUCCCUUGUUUGGUCCCAGGAGGCCCCAGGGAAACAUGUCCUGGUGGUCCAAAGGGUGAGGCCCCGCGUCCCUCCAGGCAGUGCAGCGAGGUUUUGCAGACGUCCUGUAAAAGUGGAGCCGCUUUUGUUGGCUCUGCUCAUCUUGGCUUGAAAACGUGCCCGAGGGUCUGUGCAGCAGCCUCCACCAGCCGCCUCAUGUUGAAUUGGCCUUACUUGGUGUCUCUGGCUCUGCUGCCGGGACCUUGGCUCGCCUCUGCUCCUCCUUUCCCCCCGGUGCUGGGUGCGCGGGCAGGACCCCGGUGCACCGAGGCAGGCUGCCUUCUGCUCAUUUGUGACGAGAGAGGCCCCCGUGGUGAGAACGCGCCAGGCCAGACCGCGUGCAAGCCUUCCCCUCUCCCGGGAGCUGUCGUCCUGCUUCGGUGCUUUGCUUUGGAGCAUCCUCCCCUGGUCCUGAGGAUCAGGGAUGGGCUCUGGGGUCGCUUCAUGCAGCACUGACACCCUGGGGAUGAAGCUGAAGGUCAGGAAAGAGCCGCAUGUAACCAGCUUUCUCGAGGAUCAACCUCGUUUCACCCCCUUCCAGCCAGGGAAAAGGGGAUUAUGCUUUAAGAGGAACAUUUCAGACAAUGCCAGCAUUAAGUGGACUUGGUCCCAGACAGGAUUGUUGGGUGUCUUUGAUCUUUAGGUUGUAUUUUUAGAGCCUGGCUGGGAGGGUGGAUGUAGUUCUUGCCUUUCCCGAUACCUGGUGCUUUGAGAUGGGAAUAUAGGAAACUUGUGUCCAGGCUGGGACACAAAUAGGAUCGACUGCGCGCUGCAGGGAGGCCGUACCCAGUGGUUCAGAUGCUCUGGGUUAUCUUGAAGGUCCCAUUUAAAAUUGCAGUCCCUAACUUCCCUGCUGUCCCCAGGGAUCAGCUCGGAACGCGAGGGGAUUGGGCUGCAAGAUUUCUAAGAUAAAAUCCUCAAACCCAUAUAAAUAUCCCCAGCUUCCCCCUGCCCAGGGCAGCUUUCGGGGGCAGAAGCAGCCCCGCUCAGUCGCUGUUGGCACACAUUUCGAGCUCUAGGCAGAGCGUAGUGAUCACCAGCCCUGCUGCCCAGCUCUUCUGUCGCUGUGGCUGCAGGUUGUUCGCCAUCUCAUCUACUCCCUCCCAAAAGCACAGGGGCACAAAAGUAACGAAACUACUUUGUUGUCGUUAGAGGGUUAUUGUAGCUAGAGGAUUUCUUCUUUUUUUUAAGCUCUAAAGGUGCCAGCGCAGACUUUCGGGUGUUCCCACCCUCCCAUGAUUUACUGGCGAGCAACAGGGGAGCUGUGGCAGGAGGCAGGACUGGGCCUGUUCUGUUUGGUGAUCCGGUGGUGGAUUUGCACAGCAGGAGGCUCGUGCCACGGGCUGGCACGGUUUGAAUCCGGCGAGUCCGCAAGGAUGCCGUGGGCUUUAAACCGUUGCAGCAGCCUGGUGCUGACGGCCGGGCUGCGCUCCUAUCCCAGGCUGUCACUUCUUCCCUGCUUUACUGUGUCCGGGAACUUACUCCUCCUGGAUUCCUGCCGUUCGGCACAGCUUCCCGACAUACGACCUUCCUGCUGGCAGGGGAGCAGGAGGGAGAUGAGCUCCCCGGCGGCUGGCGUGCCCGGAGCUCGGCCUGUGGUGGGAAGGGUCCGUCAGCCCUGCGACGGGGCGAAAAGGCUGCUCCUCCCCCCUAACGCUUUCCCGUUGCCCAAAAAUGCGAGAAGUGCCUCCCUUAAACGAUAAGGACAACAAAUACAUGCAAUAGCGAGGUGCUGAUUUUGAUCUGGCAGGGCUGCUCUCCGGGUAAACUGGAGAUGUUGAUCGCUCGCUCAGUGCCCGGCGCUUUCUCCGUCAGAGGAAGGGACAGCGCUUUGCAAUACACUUGACCUCCUCUGCUGGGAGGGGGAACGUGGGCGCUGUGCACCCCGUUUGAAGUUAACAUAGUGACUUGUCCAAAACCUCCCCGCAAGCAGGGAGAAGAACCCGGGAUUCCCCAUCAGCAGUCCCCGGUAAACUGGUUUUCUUCCUCAGCUUUCGUAAUUUUGUCAGUGAGGGCUUUGCAGAGACCCGUCACCUCCCCGUGAAAGCUGCAGCUUUCGGCCCUGAGAAUUGCUCUUUAUUUGCAGUGGGUAGGGAAAUCUCCCCAAAUCCCUUCGCCUUGUUAAAAGGCUCGUGUUUGCUACUGAAUAUUGCACCGACAUAAAGCAGAACGCGUAUUGUAAAGCAGAGUACGUGAGCCUGCAUAACCGCACUGCAGAAUCCAUCCCAAAAUUCAGCCCGUUAAAGAGAGGGGGCGCGUGCCUUCUCCACACGCUUUCUGCGUGAUUCGGAGGAAGUCUGAGAGAUCCCAAACCAGCAGCAUCCGUACCAAGGCCCUCUUCUCUGAUGCUCUACUUGCCUGCAAAAUUCUCUGCGUAUUUUCCCAGUGGCUUGCAUGCUUUGCCUUUUCACGUCGAAUCGCUCUUGUGAAACAGCUGGUUUAUCACCAGUUCAGGCUGGAUAAAAGCACGCCUUCGGUUUCCUGCUGUGAGGUGCCGGUAUUUUCACAGCUGUAACGUAGCACUUUAAAAGCGUCGUCAGCAGGUGAACCUGCAGGAGGGAACCGCGUCCCUGCACAUCUUUUAAAAAAAAAAAGAAAAGCCUUUGACUAACUGUGUAAUAAAAUCGUUUGCCACUUCACACUCAA